AUGGUCGUUUACGACGUCGACGUCGCAAAAGACGGAGGUAGUUCACUCCUAGUAGAACCGUUGAUGAAGACCAGCUGGAGGAGGGGCUGGUUGGGGGCUGGCCAGAGAGAGCGGGACAGUAACAACUUGCCGGGGGUGGUUUGCAGGCCUGUUAGUGACGGCUGGUUUCUGCGUCGGUGGAUGCAAUCCUUCGGGGUCUACAAAUACUGA